UAUUGCUUUCCUAAAAUUCAACGUUUUCUAUUUUCUGUUUCAGGCUUGGCGAAUGGUCAACAGUUGAAGGGAAACCAGGAAGAUCCCUGCAAAACGAAAUCCCGUGUUGUUGCUGAUGAGACUUACUGCGACAGGUAUUGGGAGUGCGUCAACGGACAACCAGAACUGUACGACUGUCCGAACGGUUUGGUUUUCGCCGGCAAAAACAGAGGCGUCACCGAGGGCUGCGAUUAUCCAUGGAGGUCGAACUAUUGCGAUAGCAAACAGCAAGCCAACACACCACUUGGAACCGAACAUUGCGAUUGGUUGUACGGUAUCUUCGGACACGAAACAUCUUGCACCAGGUACUGGACCUGCUGGAACGGAACCGCCACCGAGCAACUCUGCAUCGGAGGACUCUUAUACAAUGAGCGUUCCCAUUCCUGCGAUUGGCCCGAAAACGUUGACGGUUGUCAAAAGCAUCCUCUCUGCAACGAGGACGCCAACGGUAACGUUCCAUUAGGCAAAUCCUGCAACAGAUACUGGCAAUGCCAAGGCGGAUACCCGCGUCUUCAGAGGUGUCCUGCUAUGUUGGUCUUCGACCGUCGUUCCCUGCGUUGUGUCGUCCCACCGACAGAAGACUGCGAUAUUCCUUCCACCCCAGCACCUAAUCAGAUCGACAACGAUAACGGCGAAGAGAACAUCCCGCAGAACAACCCACAUCGGGCAGGAAACAAUGGCGGAGCAUCCGGAAACCCGGCGGACUUCAUCAAUUUACCUCCGGGCGCCAUCCCGAUUCCCAGCAAAAACAGGCAGAGGAACUGAAUCUGAAGAACUGGAGGAAGAAGCAGACCAUCGUACUGCACGAAGAAGAAAAAGAAAAGAAAAAAAAACUCCAGUCUUCACCAUUCUUAACUUUGUAUAUAACCUAAGUUGUUUUUUAUUGUUUAAUUACUUAACCAUUUCUUUCGAGAAGGGAAUUUCUUAAUGAAAUUAAAUUAUUUUCCUUGCGCCAGUAUUCCAAAAAGAAAAA